GAGCAAGCGCUCACUUCCGUCACGCCUGCGCCGUGGGCUCCUGUCACCGCUAUGGUGGUUGCGGUUUAUUGGACAGAGCAUGGUGUUCUUUAACUCCUGAAAGAGAUGCGCUGUAAUGCGGCGGUCAGGGCCUGCCACAAAGUUUGCAGACGUCUGUUGUCUGGGUGCGGGGGUCGAAUAGAUGGGGGGCAGCCUGACCCGUUGACGGAAAGGAGUAAGACCCUCGGAGGAGACCUGAGGUCCCACAUGGAGCUUCCCCCGGAGAGCGAGCCGACAGAGGGCAGCGAGGCGCUGCUAGAGGUCUGUCAGAGAAGGCAUUUUCUUAGCGGAACCAAGAAGCAGCUUAGCCGAGAUUCUCUUCUGAGCGGGUGCCACCCCGGCUUUGGACCUCUGGGGGUAGAGUUGCGGAAGAAUCUGGCCGCACAAUGGUGGUCCUCCGUGGUCUUGUGCAGGGAGCAGGUUUUCGCGGUGGGCGCCCUGCACCACGGCCCAGGCCCUUCGCUUCCCGAGGACAGGGCCUUCAGGUUAGUUUCUGCAGAAGCUCUACGCGAAAUUUUGCAAGACAAAGAGCUGAGUAAGAAACGGCUAGUAGCGUUUCUUGAGAACGUAUUAAAAACUUCUGGGAAACUACGGGAGAAUCUUCUUCACGGUGCCUUGGAGCACUAUGUUAACUGCCUGGAUCUGGUAAACAAGAAGCUUCCAUAUGGCCUUGCUCAGAUUGGAGUGUGUUUUUAUCCUGUUUCUGAUACUGAGCAGAUACCUAAUGGUGUUGAAAGAAUUGGUGAGAAGACUGAAGCUUCAUUGGUAUGGUUUACUUCUUCAAGAACUUCAAGCCAGUGGCUUGAUUUCUGGUUGCGUCAUCGACUGCUGUGGUGGAGAAAGUUUGCCAUGAGUCCAUCUAACUUCAGCAGCAGUGAUUGUCAGGAUGAAGAGGGACGAAAAGGAAACAAACUUUAUUACAGUUUUCCUUGGGGAAAGGAGCCAAUAGAAACACUGUGGAAUCUAGGAGAUAAAGAACUCUUACACAUGUAUCCUGGAGAUGUGGCUAAGUUACACGGCCGAGAUGGGCGGAAAAGUGUGGUUCCUUCUGUUGUGUCUGUAAGCGGGGAUCUAGACCGAGGCAUGCUGGCUUACCUCUAUGAUUCUUUCCAGCUCACAGAGAACUCCUUUACAAGGAAGAAGAAUCUUCACCGAAAGGUACUUAAACUUCACCCCUGUUUAGCCCCUAUUAAAGUUGCUUUGGAUGUAGGAAGAGGCCCAACUGUGGAACUAAGACAGGUUUGUCAAGGGCUAUUUAAUGAAUUACUAGAAAAUGGAAUCUCCGUGUGGCCUGGCUAUUUGGAAACUGUACAGUCCUCACUGGAGCAGCUUUAUUCAAAGAUUGUGGGUGAUCAUCUCCUAACAGCAAGAGGUUAUGGAGGAGAUCUCAUCUGCAGAGGAAGAGAAGAAAAAGGCAGAGGAAAUGCCUCACUUCACAUAAGGGAAAGCAACUUGGUCAGGGUUCCGAGGGCCCUACUGGGGGACCCCGCGUUUGAAGCUGGUGGCUGAAGCAGGGGAUAUAGGAGCAGCUGCAGUUUCGGCAAGCAAACCCAGGACCCGCUGGAAGAGCUCAGGGAAGGAAGGGUAAUUGAGGGGAGUGAGUUGUUGAGCAGGAUGCAGUGUCUGGUUGCAUGUUGGUCUCUUUCUGUUUCACUGACCUGAAAGUUCAGCACCUGGCAGUGCCCAGGCCUAGAGGCACGGAAGCACCCCUUGAAGGGACAAGCAGACUGGGUUCCCUUAGUCUUUUUCUGUACUGCUGUAAGAAAACAGCCGUCACUGGGUAAUAUAUACAGAACAGAAGCUUAUUUGGCUCAUAGUUCUGGUGGCUAGAAAGUCCAAAAGCUGUGGUUUCUGGUGAGGGCCCCUCUGGCCGCAUCACCCGACACAUCACCCAACGUGAGGGAGAAGCAGAAAGGGAAGUGGCAGCAUGCAGGAGGGACAUGAGUCUGUCCAGGGAAGCAGGGGCGGGACCAGGCUGGCUCUUUCAUGGCUACCUACUCUCACAAAAGGGCAUUUUUGCCAGAAUUGCAUCCAUUGCUUAGGAGGGUGGUGCCCCAUCACCUAAUCACCUCCACCAAGUCCCGCCUCUGAAAGAUUCACCACUCAGCCAGGCAUGGGGGCACACAUCUAUAACCUCAGCAUUCCGGAAGCCUGAGGCAGGAGGAUCACAAGUUCAAGCCCAGCCUGUGUAACUUAGUGAUUUAGUGAGACCCUGUUGCAAAUCAUCAUCAUCAUCAUCAUCAUCAUCAGGCUGGGGAUUAGCUCAGUGGGAUAGCCCUGGUUCAAUUCUACUAUGUGUGUGUGCAGUGGCGGGGGAUCCACCGCAUCUCAAUACCAUUAUAUUGAGCUCCAAGCUUCCAGGUCUUUGGGAAAACACUCAAUAUCCAGACACUGGCACUCACUCAGUCACAAGUAUGGAUUGAAUUCCUACUCUUUGCCAAGCUGUGCACCUAAAGAUGAAACGCCUCCUUCCAGGGAGUCAAGAAGCUCACAGUGGGCUGGGCAGGGCCCUGGGUGACAAGGCUGACCCCAGGCUGUGUGGCCUGACCAAGUGUUGAGAAAGCCAGAGGGUGGAGCCCAUCUCCCUGCUUUGAAGAACUGAGGUUCCCUUUACAGAAGUCUCAAUAUGUUUGUUCUCAAUAACGAGCAUGAUUUUGAAAUUAUCCAGUACCAAAUGUGAAGUUAAGAGUUGUUCUUAUUCUCAAUCCAAAAAUACCAUGUUCUCUAACUGUAUUUUCAUUUAUAGAACUCAGCUGCACAGAUAUCUUGCACUUCCUCCAAAAAACCAGAAGUAACCCUGCUAAAUAGGCUCAAUGGAAACGCUCA